UCUACUAUAAAAGUCUCUCUGUAUCUAUGCGCCACCGGCAUUUUUCUCUCCCGAACGUUCCAGCACAAAUUACCCAACACAGCGUCGCAGACGACGAAGGGAGCAAACGCUAAAAUUUUAUAUAGAUUGAAAGGGAAAACGCUAAAAUGUUCAAAAAGGCCGUGGAGGCUAAAUCCCACCAGAGGCUGUCUGGUGCGGACAGGAAGAAGCUCAAAAGAACCAUCAGAGAGAGGUUCCGUAGAGCCUCUGAUGCUGAUAUCGACGCGUUAUUGCCGCCUAAGGCUGAGAUAACUGUCUCAAAGUUCCAAAAUCGAGUCCACGUAUAUGGAGUGGAAGGUGGCUUUCCUAUGUUCUUCGAUAUCGAUGGCCGACGCACAGAAAUAUUCCCCACAGUGUUUGCUCUCUGGAAGGCCCCUGAACUCGUCCCUUCUUUUUUGCUGAAGGGAGGUGAGGUUUCUCGAUUUGUCAUUGGAGGCGCAGAUUUAAUGUUCCCUGGAAUCAGUGUACCUGCCGAAGGUUUGCCUUCAUUUGUAGCUGGGGAACCAUGGUGUGUAAAAGUUCCUGGCAAUCCUGCACCCAUUGCAGUUGGGUCUACUACUCUGAGCAGUGCAGAAGCAUUGAAAGCCGGUUUGCGUGGAAAGGCUUUAAGGAUAACUCACUAUUAUCACGACUCCCUGUGGGAGUCAGCUGAGGGACGGUGUGUACCAAAUGCAGGCUUUCUUGAGGAUGUUGUCUUCGAGGAUCCUUCUUUGUUGUCAUCAAGUCAAGCUUUUGAUUCAUUUGAAGGUUCUAUUCAUGCUUCCAUUGGUCAACAAAGUAACAUCAGCAGUGAAGAAGUUAAUGAAUUUGUGGAUGUAAAGGAUGUCUUUGGUGAACCAAAUCUGGCUUCCACAACACAACACGAGCCGAAAAAUGAUGCUGCAGAACAAAUAAUUAAAGAUGUGGGUGAUGUUAAGUUGAUAGAUAGUGUUGCUGUUGGUGAACCAAAUGUUGAGGAGCAGCAUAUUUUAUCUGUGGAGGAUGUGGAUGCCUAUUUGGACAAAUGCCUUUUGCAAGCCUUGCACACAACAGUGAAGGAUAAAGACCUUCCGAUGCCAGGAAGUACGCUAUGGUCAAACCAUGUAUUACCUUGCAGGCCUUCAGGCAUUACUUUGGAUGUCAAGAAAUCAUCCCACAAGAAAUUGUCAAAAUGGUUGCAAGCUAAAUCAUCCGUAGGACUGAUUUCUGUGAAAGAAGACAAAUACAAAAAGGAAGUUGUUUUGUUUUCCAUCAACCGCAAUCACCCAGACUACAUGUCUUUCAAGCCAGAGAAACGGCGAGUGGAGAAGAAUGAUCAGGCUGGUGAUCAUGCUUCUAGUGGAGGUCUGUUGUAUAAAAUGCUUGAAGUGGCGGAGAUUUAUAAGCCAAGUGUGCAUGUGAAUCCCAUAUUUGCAUCUGUUGGGGCUGAUACAGGGAAACUCUAUAGUGCUUCGGAAGCCUCUGAAAUUGUCUUUGAAUACAUUGAGAAAGGAAAUCUGGUUAAGCCAACAAACAAGUCCGUUGUGGUUUUGGAUCCGACUUUAUGUGAUGCAUUGUUCAAGGGGGCCAUUAAAAAAGGAUCAACAUACCCAACGGAGAUCCAUAAGAAAGAUCUAGGACCAACUUUCAUAAGCCGGAUGCAAGCACACCACAUUGUGACCAGAGGAAACGAGUCUGCUGUUCGCAAGGGUUCUCUAAAAGCAUUGCAGAUUGUGACAGAGCGACGGCAAGGUAACAAGAAGGUGACAAAAGUGUCAGGUGUAGAAACGUUCUUGAUUGACGCUGAAGCCUUGGCCACAGAACUGCAGAAAAAGUUUGCUUGCAGCACAACAGUUGCUGAACUUCCAGGUAAGAAAGGGCUUGAGGUUCUAAUCCAGGGUGGUGUGAUUGAAGAAGUGGGAAAAUAUCUGAUUGAACAGUAUGGUAUCCCGAAGAGAUACAUUGAGGUUCUUGAUAAAACAAAGAAAUGAGAAGCAUAAGUGCCUGCUAGGUGGUUAGUUGUAGAUCUACUACAUUUCCCGUGUGGUAAGAUAAGAAAUGUAUAUUCUGAAGUUUUGGGGAUUGCAUGAAUUAUUCUUUCCCUUGUUGCUGCUGUGCCUGCAUGCAUGUGUGGUGUUAUUAAAAAUUGAAUAAUCUUAUUAAGUCAUAGGGAGUCCAGUCCUGGUUUGAAACCAUUUCCUUGUCACUAGUCACUAAUACUAUUGUUAUGCUGUGAAUGUGAAGUUUGAUCUGAAAAGAUUAUGAUGAUAAGUGGGUAGCGGCCUUGACUAGAGAAUAAUGAAUGAAAUACUGGAUGAAUCA